GCGACGGUAACUCUCUCCCCCCGAGCUUUCAUUCUCGCGAGACCACACACAACCACUUUCGUCGUCUCGAACCAGCUGGCCAUCACCCCACCUUUCUCCUUUCUUUUCCUUCCUCUCUACCAGCACUUUCCUUUCCUUCCGCACAAAGUCACAAUGGCCGACCAAAUCCAAGAGCUCCUCGACGUGCCGCGCGAGUUCAUCAAGGACGGCGUCCAAUUCAUUAACCGGGCGCAGAAGCCCGACCGCCGCGAGUUCAUCAAGAUCUCCCAGGCCGUGGGCGUCGGUUUCCUCGUCAUGGGCGCUGUCGGGUACUUCGUCAAGCUCAUCCAUGUUCCCCUGAACAACAUCCUCGUCGGCGGCGCGUAAACCUACAAACCAGCACAGCACAAAACAGGCAGAGGCGCCGUGUUGCUGAAUUAGGGCUGAAAGUUGGAGAGGCGAGGGCAAAAAAAAGAAUGGCGAAACUCCAACCCGCAGGCGACGACGAGAAGCGGGAAACGCGAGCGAGCACCUUGGAUCCUUCCUGCCGAAUUCUGGACAAGGUGCAACGGGUUGACGAGACUUUUCUACGAACGGGAUGCUAAAUCUUCAGGGCGCAGUGGGCGGAUGGGAUGAGCAUGGACGACGGACGGGCGGCGCAAGAUAUCCAUGUGCCAGUUGGAGAGCUGGGCAUUUUACAAAACUUAAUCAUUUGCCGACAGGGGCAAUUGUAAAGGAUUCAAUAUGUUCUUGUUUCGGCGGUCCCAACUCGUGCCCAGGCGGGCUCUUUACCUAAAUAAACGGGGUAUGCGUGUGUAUGCUUCCGGAUGUGUGUUGUGGCCCUUCGGCAACCAGUGUUCCAAAGGGUGGUGGUUACGUGUCAUGCACUCGACAAUCACUCAACUUACGCACAAAACACGAUCUGAACGAGAACCUUAGAAUCUUGUCAUGAUUUUUGAUGCCGCAGUUCAUCAACUACUUCCGGCAAAGCUGGCUAUCUGCUUGGCUUUUCUUCUGUGCCAAGGAGGAUGGAUUUAGGGAGCCCCGAUCUGCGGUGCCGUUACACGCGCUAUCAAGCGAUGGCUCGAGUGACCUGUUCAUACGACCACAGUUACAUCUAAGUCGCUCUAUCGCCUGGUGGCGAGG